CGUGGCGCACACUUUCCGUUGUUAUCAGCAGAAGCUAAGUGUUCGGCGCAAUGCUGAGUUUUUGCGGGCUGGCAUAACUAUUAAUCGAAUCCGCUGGCAAAAUGUUUCUGGAAACCGUCGGUUUCGCAGCGGCCAGCGCCGCUCUUCUUCUCUUAUACUACAUCGCCAAAUGGUACAUCACUUUAUCCCGGUAUAAUCUGCCACCCGGACCGCUAUGUCUGCCGCUGCUGGGCUCCCUGUUGACGGUGCGUUUCACGGCAUUCCAGCGGCAGCAUUACGACAACGCUAAGAAGUACGGGAAUGUGGUGCGCCGGCAGAUCGGCCCGGUGCAGACCAUCCAGCUGAACGAUCCGCGGAUUAUUAAGGAGGCCUUCAGCCGCGAUGUCCUCCUGCCGCGGCCCAUUCUAUGGCCCAUUCACCAACGCAACCGCGUCAACCGGGGCGCCACCGGCGUGGUUUUCGCUGACGGCGAAAUGUGGAAGGAGCACCGGCGUUUCAUCCUGCAGACGUUCCGCGAUUUCGGCGUGGGCAAGUUCCGGAUGGAGGAGAAGAUCGUGGCGGAGGCCGGGGCGUUGGUGACCUUUCUGAAGGCGCAGGAGGGACGGCCGUUGGAGACGAAGGUGCCGCUGAGCAUCAGCGUGGCCAACGUCAUCGCCAGCGUCCUCACCGGCGCCCGAUACGGGAUGGACGACCCCCAACUGCGCCUGCUCCUGCAGUACACCAAGGAGAAUUUCGAGUUCACCAUGAAAAAGAUUAUCCUGAUUGUGAUGCCGUGGCUGCAGCAUGUGCCGCCCAUUCGGCAGACAUACCGCCGAUUUAUGGAGAUUUUGCACGGGUUGAAUGCGUUCUUCAGUCGACCGAUGAAGGAGCAUCUUGAGAAUUUUGUGCCCGAUCGGAAUUCUGAUUUUCUGGAGAGUUAUAUUUCGGCGGUGAAAAGCGGACAAUAUUCCACAUUAAGCACGACAGAAAUCCCGCUGCUGUUGGAAGACCUCUUCGAAGCCGGUUUCGAGACGACCACCACGACGCUGCGCUGGGCGUUGUUAAUGAUGGCGCUGCAUCCGGACAUCCAGCGGCGCGUCCAGUCCGAACUGGACCGACACGUUAACGCCGCCAACGGGGAAUUCGCCACGCCCUCCGAGAAACUGGCCACGCCCUACGCCGAGGCCACCCUCAUGGAGGUGCACCUCUACGCCAGCGUCGUCCCGAUGGGCGUGGACCACUGCGCCCGCGAGGACAUCCAGAUCGAGGGAUACGACGUCCCGAAAGGAUCGAUUGUCCAAGUCAAUAUCUACUUCGUCCACCAUAUUGACGCCUGGUGGGAGGAGCCGGAGCGGUUCCGCCCGGAGCGUUUCUUAAUAGUCGGCCAAGGGCAGACGUCGGAGUAUCUGAUGCCCUUUGGACUAGGAAAACGACGGUGCCUGGGUGAAGCGUUGGCCCGCGCCGAAUUGUUCAUUUUAUUCUGCGGCAUCGUGCAGCGCUUCGACAUCCGGUUGCCGGAGGGCGUGGCAUCCGCCGACAUCGAUCUGACGCCGACGUCCGGCAUCACGGCCGACACGCAGCCGCACCGACUAUGUUUUAUACCGCGCCUCUGA